CUCGAUAUCGCACGGAAUCACGGACGGCGAUCAAACAUGGCGAUUCAGUCGCUGUUUACGGUACGGGCGUAUGGUUCAUAGUGCCGCGGCGGUGAGUAUCGGUGCACGAGAGGGACUUUCUAACGGUGAUACGCGCUUGUGCCAUCGCAAAUUGACGGAUUUUGCUUGAUAUCGCAAGUAUGGAGAUUCAUAGGCCGGAAAGGACGACGGAGAAAGUGUCGGGCGGCAUUGAUGGUGACACGAUGGGCGUAAAAGCGGAGCCGAUGCCUGCGGCGUCAUCGCUUCCAGUCCCGAAGCUGCUCCCGCGAUCUGUCGGCGGAAACACGAACAACUUGGUCUGCUCCGACGCGAACAACUUGAAGAACGUUCAUCUGAAAUCACUUGCGAAUACCUAUGGAAGACUAGAGAGUGGUAGCGGUAGUGGUGAUCAAGAUGGUGGUCAACACGAAGAUGGUGUGGACAUCGCAGCGAAGAAAAGAAGAACUCGCAGGGGUAAACCCAAACAUAGGAAGUUGAAGCCAUAUUCGAAGCAGCAGUUAUCUUGCCAGCAACAUAUGCGCAGUAGAUACAUCGGACGAAUUGUAAAAACUGGUAGAACACAGCCACCGGCUCCGUACAAUACCACACAAUUUCUCAUGGACGAUCACAGUGAUCUACCUGAUCUCGAGCAAAAAUUAUCGGAAGCUGCGUCGUUGGAGGUACCUGCCAUGUUUCAGAAGCCACCGGCGCCGCCGCGUACUCGCGAUUCAAGUUUUAGCGUUGAUUCUGAUGAGGAUUACUUUUACUCAUCUCCGGAAGACGAGGAGGAAUUCUUAACGAAGGAAUUCUCGAAUGCGUACGAAGAUCUUCACGCGGAGAGGUUGAGCAAUCUGUCAAAGUCCCAGCUGAUACAGGAAUAUUUGCAGUUAGAGACUAGAAUGGACGUAUUGCGGCAACGCGGUAAGAAUUUCCAUCAGAUGGAGGAAAGGGACGCGGAAAAUAAGACGACUGAUUCGGAGACAGCCAAGAAGCUGAAGCUGUGUCAGCAACGGAUCGAUGACCUGUUGCAGCAAAACGAGCAGUUAAGACGAGAGAACGAGGUGUUGCGCACGAAAAAAAUAUUACGCGCCAGCAGCUCGGAGUCGAGCGUCGACAGCGAAAGCGACAGCGACAGUUCUAGUAAUAGCAACAAGAGUAGAUGCAGUUGCUCUCUCUCGAGUCCCGGGACGUCCCCUAAGAAUGCUUACAACAACUCUAGGCUAGAUAAUAAUUGCAAAGCGGAUAGUAAGGAAGACAGUUGCGGUACCGGUCAGAGCGACGGCAGUCCCCGAGCAUGCACGACACCCACCAAUCUCUCCAACGGUCAUGCGACUAUGAGCGAAACCAAAAGUUUCCCCACCUAAGUAGAUUCUGAACAGGAUUUCAUCACAUGUGUCGUGUUCGAUAUCGUACCCUCAUUUGUAGAAGGGUUCGAACAUGCGUUUCCCAAAUUUCGGAAGUCGACGUCCAACGGGAGAAUUUUUUCUAAUAUUUUAGGCUUCCGCCGUGUUUUGACAAAUAUUUCGUAACGAGGGAGAAUUUGCUUUUGAUUAAUUUUCACACGAUAGGUUCUCUCAUUGGAUAUGUCGGAUAUGCGUCUCGAAGUGCAUGCAGAAGACAGUGUUCGAACCGUUUUGCAAACGAGUAUACAUAAAGCUCGGAAGUUACCGACUGCGUUUAGAAGAUGUAAUGAUUGAUUGCCCACUAGUGGGGAUAUUCUAAAGCCAUCAUGAGUGAAAAAAAAUUGUAUUUGAAAAUAUAAUCUUUAUUAAUCUCACACAGGCGAUAAUAAUCAUUGAUCAUUUAAUUGAUGACUGUCAGUUGAACCGCGCCCCUCCUUCAAGAUCUUUCCAUUCGGCGGUCGCUAAACGCUGAGAAUGAAGAUAUUGAUGUAAAUUGAAUUGUCAGCGGUGGAUUGUGUGUGUGUGCGUGUGUGUGUCAACGGGCACCCGAAUGGAGAGAUUGUCAACCUUACGAGACGGUAAUGACCGAGCAUUUGAUUGUGGAGCUACCACUAGAAGCCAUGCUAUAUGCUACUAUAACGAUUCUAUGUAUCUCUCAAUAGCAAAAAAACCUCGUUUUCCGAUGAA